AAGUUUUUACUCAUUUUUUUCCGAAUAAAUAGGGUAAACGUCUAUUACACUUUUGAGCGCAAUAGAAACAGAUUUGUGAAGAUAUUGUUUGCCAACAAAUGUCUACAGAGUUCUCUCGCGGUGUUCAAAUAACGUUGGUAAAAUGGUGUGGGGUUCCGGUGGGUUUGGCAAUUCCGUAGACGCCGGGAGCAAUGGCGGGAACUGGGGAUCAUCGAGUCAUGGAAGUGGAAGCUGGGGCAGCAGCGGGUUCAGUUCCGGUGAGCCAUGUGGCGGGAACAUCGGCACAGGAGGCUUCGGUUCGAGCAGCUGGGGACACUGCGACCGCCCGGACAACGCAGACCCGCUUGGAACGCAUUCCAACAUGUGCGUCGCCUGCAAUACGACCAACUGGAGUAAUCAGGGUCUCAUGAAGCCACACUAUGAUGAGUCGUGUCCCGGGUGUCGCCGGGAACGCAGCAUGGCGCAGAUGGGCUCGGAACAGUUUGGCGGUUAUGGCUCUCUUGAAUAUGCGGCCGGUUCUAUGGUCCUUGGAUCAAUGUACGCGUAUGCCCAAAGCGAAGGAGGCGAAGAAGCGGAGAAAAAGAAGUCGAAGUUUCUCGGCUUUCUAAAAAAAGGAAAAGAAAACAUCGUUCCACGGAUUCCAAAGAAAGGCCCACCGAAACUCGCGACAACAAGCCUUUGGGGCGACAAAUUGCUAGAAAAACGCAACCACCCUCCUAACAGUAAGUUAUCGAAGAUGGAAAAACUGAAAAAGACAUCGUCGUCGAUAGAGGAGGAGGCGAUGGAAACAAGCAUGACUUCAUCCACAGAAACCGGCGACUUUGAAACAAUAAGCUCCGAUGGACAAGAAGGAACUAUAUCGAGCCCUGAAGUAAAAGGCUUCAAGAGUCUUUGGGACACACAGAGCAAAUCGAAAUUUGGCGGGCCAAGUUUGUGGGGGUUAGGCGGAAACAGAAAAAUUCGCAUGGCAAAUAAAAGUAUCUUUACUUAAAAGGUGGACACAACAUUAAGCUUAUGUGUUAUCUUCCAUAAUGAACAUAAAUUAUUUUUUUAUAAAUAGUCAAAUGCUUUAAUCCAAAAGCCGUUUUGUUUGUGGUUAAAUACAUAUAAUAGUAUUUUUCACGUUCUGCAGAAAAAAAUAGGACUGGGUCAGCACUGACGCAGCCCGAAUGAGGCGUUAAAGACAAUCGGAACAUCUCGGCCAUCUCCGUCAUAGUGAUACGACGACUAGUUUUCGGUGGUAAAUGACCGAGAUGCUCCGAUUGCGUUAAAGAUAUACUCAAUCAUGUUCAAUUGAUGCCAUUAUUUGUGGACCAAUGAGAAUCGAGUUGAAUUCAAGGACUUGUGUCACUGCAAAGACGGCGAAUGAUGUCAAAAAAUACUUUUAACAGGGAAACGUGUAUUCCUCUAUACUUCAGUCAGCAGCAUGGAAGGUCUUACACGGGGUCCGAGCCCCACGAAACCAUCGAACCUUUUUUUUUUAAUAACAUUUACUUAGAACUAUAAUUCUGUCAUCAAACGUUCUGUGGAAUAUAAACUGGAAAUUGAAUAAUACCCUAUUCUCAUAAACCGUGCAUACACUAAGACCUUUAAUGGUUUAAAAAAAGCACUUUUGUUUGAUACCCAUAUGUCGUGUUGUAUUAGAUUUGAGUAUUAAUAAUUCGUCGGCAGAGUUCCACAUGGUGACAAUAUUGAGACAUUGGUACCGCUGGAAUAGUUUUGAAAAUAUAUAUUCAAUGGUUUUAUAUACUGAAUAUGAGGAAGUAUUAUUAAAAGGCUGAAUCACAGCUCCCAAAGUUCUGUGGGUAGUAAUAUAAAAAACAUACAGCUCCACAAAGCCCACAGUCAUAUAUUGAGACAGAAUAGCAGAUAUGUCAACAAGUGGUCGUGUUGAAAAAAGCCUUUUUGUAUUGUGAUCAUUGUGUUGUAUUUUCCAUCGUGUCUGUGUAAUUUUGAUCUCUCUAUUAGUGCAAUGUGUCGUAACACUCUCUGUGUUAUUGUUUUGUAUUGUGAUCAUUGAGUUGUAUUUUCCAUCGUGUCUGUGUAAUUUUGAUCUCUCUAUUCGUGCAAUGUGUCGUAACACUCUCUGUGUUAUUGUUUUGUAUUGUGAUCAUUGAGUUGUAUUUUCCAUCGUGUCUGUGUAAUUUUGAUCUCUCUAUUCGUGCAAUGUGUCGUAACACUCUCUGUGUUAUUGUUUUGUAUUGUGAUCAUUGAGUUGUAUUUUCCAUCGUGUCUGUGUAAUUUUGAUCUCUCUAUUCGUGCAAUGUGUCGUAACACUCUCAGUGGUAUUGUUUUGUAUUGUGAUCAUUGUGUUGUAUUUUCCAUCGUGUCUGUGUAAUUUUGAUCUCUCUAUUCGUGCAAUGUGUCGUAACACUCUCUGUGUUAUUGUUUUUGUUUCUUGAUUUGUGAGCUCAAGUUUUACAUAAUCUCAAUAAAAUUUAUCUUCAAACAAUUUAGUUACGAGAGUUUU